AGUCCUCGAUUGGCUGAGGGGGUGAGUGUUGUGAAGCAUCAUUGGACGUCGGAAAACACGCCUUUCAGAAGCUUGAGCCACCAGCACAACAAACUACAAGGUGAUCUAUGCGCGUGUGACUCAGCCAGCAGUCAGGAUGCUGUCUGCGCAGAGGGCAUGUGCAGCGAUGGCGGCCCGCCACCUGGUCGGACCUUGUGUUUCCUCAGCGCAAUCACCGGCCGUUUACAAGUUCACACCUCGGCGUGGCGUCGAGACGAGCUCAAGCUGGACCCCGAGUGGGCCGGCCUGGCUAAGAAACAGCUGAAGGGGAAGAACCCAGAAGAUCUGAUCUGGCGCACCCCCGAGGGGAUCAACAUCAAGCCGGUGUACACGGCGGCGGAUUCAGAGGGACGUGCAGACGAACUGCCAGGAGUCUUUCCGUACACCAGAGGGCCCUAUCCCACCAUGUACACUUACAGGCCGUGGACAAUCAGGCAGUAUGCUGGCUUCAGCACCGUGGAGGAAAGCAAUAAGUUCUACAGAGAUAACAUUAAAGCUGGCCAGCAGGGUCUCUCUGUGGCGUUUGACCUCCCGACCCACCGCGGCUACGACUCAGACAACCCCAGAGUCCACGGGGACGUGGGAAUGGCCGGCGUAGCAAUAGACACGGUGGAGGACAUGAAGAUGCUCUUCGACGGAAUCCCCCUGGAGAAGAUGUCUGUGUCGAUGACGAUGAACGGAGCCGUCAUCCCCGUGUUGGCCAUGUUUAUCGUCACCGGGGAGGAACAGGGGGUGGCCAAAGAAAAACUAACCGGCACCAUUCAGAAUGAUAUCUUGAAGGAGUUCAUGGUGCGCAACACCUACAUCUUCCCCCCGGAGCCCUCCAUGCACGCCAUUGCGGACAUCUUCGCCUAUACUUCCAAGCACAUGCCAAAGUUCAACUCCAUAUCCAUCAGUGGCUACCACCUGCAGGAGGCUGGGGCAGAUGCUAUUUUAGAGGUAGCUUACACCAUUGCCAACGGCCUGGAGUACUGCCGGACGGGCCUGAAAGCAGGUCUGACCAUCGACGAGUUUGCACCCAGGUUGUCGUUCUUCUGGGGCAUCGGGAUGAAUUUCUACAUGGAAAUCGCAAAGCUGAGGGCAGCCAGGAGGCUUUGGGCCACUCUCAUUAAAGAAAACUUCCAGCCCAAGAACCCCAAGUCUCUCCUUUUGCGCACCCACUGCCAGACGUCAGGCUGGUCACUCACUGAACAGGAUCCCUACAACAACGUGAUCCGCACGGUGAUCGAAGGCAUGGCUGCUGUGUUCGGGGGCACCCAGUCUCUGCACACCAACUCCUUCGAUGAAGCUCUGGGUCUGCCCACUGUGAAGAGCGCUCGGAUCGCCAGAAACACCCAGAUUAUCAUCCAGGAGGAGUCGGGCAUCCCUAAAGUUGCAGAUCCCUGGGGGGGCUCGUUCAUGAUGGAGGCGCUGACUGAUGAUGUUUAUAACACGGCUAUGAAGUUCAUUAAAGACAUAGAAGAGAUGGGAGGCAUGGCCAGAGCUGUGGCAGAGGGCAUCCCAAAACUUCGCAUUGAGGAAUGCGCUGCUCGGAGACAGGCCCGCAUUGACUCAGGGUCAGAGGUCAUUGUUGGUGUGAACAAGUACCGGCUGGAAAAAGAGGAGACCGUGGAGGUGCUCGCGAUAGAUAAUACCGUUGUGCGUCAGAAACAGAUUGAGAAACUCAAAAAGGUAAGAGAGAGUCGUGAUCCUGAAGUGGCAAAAAAAUGCCUGGCAGCUAUUGAAGAGUGUUCCCGAACCAGGGAGGGCAACCUUCUAGGCCUCGCUGUGGAGGCAGCACGAGCCAGAUGCUCUGUUGGUGAAAUUACUGAUGCAAUGAAGAAAGUGUUUGGUGAGCACAAGGCCAGCACCAGGAUGGUGAGCGGGGCUUACCGCAGCGAGUUCGGAGAGCAUGAGGAGAUCACUCUGGCCAACAACAGAGUUACGGAGUUUAAGAGACACGAGGGGAGGAACCCUCGGCUACUGGUGGCAAAGAUGGGACAGGAUGGCCACGACAGGGGUGCCAAAGUCAUCGCCACGGGCUUUGCUGACCUGGGAUUCGAUGUUGACAUUGGGCCACUAUUUCAGACUCCCCGGGAGGUCGCCCAGCAGGCGGUGGAUGCUGACGUUCACUGCGUCGGGGUCAGCACGCUGGCAGCGGGACACAAGACCCUGGUCCCAGAGCUCAUCAAGGAGCUACGGAAGCUCAACAGGCCAGAUAUCCUUGUCAUCUGCGGAGGAGUCAUUCCACCGCAGGACUAUGAAUUCCUCUAUCAGAGCGGCGUCUGCGCUAUAUUUGGCCCAGGCACCAGGAUCCCUAAAGCUGCUGUCGAAGUUAUCGACAACAUCGAGAAGAGCCUGGAGAAAAUACGUCACGCCAUGUAAAAACAGACAAUAAUCCCCUGUUAUUCAUCAACAGUGGUUUAUCCGAUUGAAUCUUUGUGUCAUAGUAUCACAACACUUUUGACUUCUGUUGGAAUUUCAUUCCCUGCAAGAAAAAGACAUUUAGUAGUGUUCUCGACAUAUCUUGUAUAGUUCAGAAAUGAGGUUAAUAAAAUACUUGUGACCUCCUGACAGCUGUCUAGACCUGCUAUGAAUGAAAUCUUCUUGCCGUUUCUAAGCAGAGUGUAAUUACAGUCGGUGGAGUCGACAUGUGUAGAUAGAAACUGAAAUCAAGUGUCCUUCUGUAUUAUCUGUCCUUGCAUCUCUCUAAGGACUUUGAAUCUCAAGAUCAAUGUAAAUUUUAUUUAGAAAUUUGUCCUGCAGGUUCAAAAGCGUUUAAAAAGUUCUGUUCAGAGAAAAGCCUUAUUGGUCACAAUGUUUAAAGCUGUUGGGAGAUCUGCAUCCUGUUUGAUCACUUUUCUUGAAAAUAAAGUUUGUCAGCUGUGAA